UUAUGUCAGUUCAGUAAUGUUUGAAACGCGGCAUAGUGAAGACCUGCGCUUGUGAUUAAAGUACUCUACGUGGUGUUUAGUGAAAUAUAGAUUAUACGCAGUUACAUUUUACAUUUUCACAUUGAUUCUUUCAUUUGAGAACAGGUGUGUACAAGAGCACUGAGGAUGGAUAUCUCCUAUUCUGAAUAAGGUUGGAGAAGAGUGGGAGAUCCCAACCCGUCCUGGGAUGGAUGGAGUCUCUAGGAGUUUUGAAGACAGAUUGAGCUUUUGCCGUUAUGCAACAGAACCGACGAAAACGACCUUCCGGUCAUCAACAGCAACUUAACGGUCAUCCAGGCUACCAUCAACAACAAGAGGGUCAUCAUCAAUAUCAUGACGGUCAUCAUGUACAACCAACCAGUCAUAAGGUCAAUUACGGUCAUUAUGGGCCUCAGGGACCGGGAAGGCAGGACCAGAGUUGGACCUCCAGCCUUGAAUAUGGACCUGGAGUUCAUGGACAUGUGAUUAGGGACCCAGUGGACUAUGGACAUGGUGGUCGUGGACCGGUGGUCAGAGACUCAGCUGACCUACACAAUAUAUCUCAGGACUCGGGGUUAUCACAUUCGCCCACUCUACAGACAGAAAGCCCACAGCUAACAAUAGGUUCUCCUAUCCGACAUAUUGAGAAUGCACGGAAUGGACGAGAAAAAGGCGGAAGAUGGAGCCUUAGCGGAUUUUUCCGACGAAAAUCUUCUAAAAAUAGCGGCUCAGAGAGUGAUCUUUAUCUGGCAAGUGAAUCUUUCUCCGGGUUGAGAGGGAGAGGGGGGAAAACAGGGGGGAAAGUGACAAACAACAGCGGAUCAUUAACAGGGAACAUAGUGAGUGACAUUCCCCCUCCCCUCCCUCCAAAAAGGUCAAACUCAAGUGGGGGAAGAUUUGUUGAUUCUCAUCCCGGAAUUUUCCCCCAUCUUAAACCCGACUCCCAGUAUCCUGACUCCGAUCCUAAACCCUACUCCGGGUACUACUUUCAUCCCAGCUUUGGGUAUGUCAAGAUUGGAUCCUAUUAUGAUCAACAAAUCUCCAACUGGAGCAGACCUGCUGAAUGUUUGUCAAGUCGGUCCAGUGGAGUGGACUCAGAUCUUACUAGUUCUUUGGACCUGGCCCUAAGGGACCUGGACCGGAAUGUAGAGUCCAGUAGUGAGAAUGAAACCGGGUCCACAACUCAAAAAUUCGUCCCGCAUUACAACAAAACUCGUAGUUCUUCUGAAUCUCGUGCCUCUGCUCGAUCAUCUCGGAGCAGUAGUCAGGGAUCAUCUUUAGCUCGGAGAUCCAGAUCUGCAAGAUCUGAUAGUGGGAGACAGAGACGGAGGCGAGAUGAAGGUUCAGUUUUAAAUGAGUCUACUGAAGACUACUCUAAGGAUGGUUCUGAUAAACUAAAAUUUAGGAGUGUCCCCACCCAUUCUCCAUAUAUUCACACCGCCCACACUGUCAGCCUUGGCCCUGGAGUACUGUCUUCUAACUAUCCAUCACAAAAUCACAAUACUCAACGUUCAAAUCUCAUCUCUCCUCCGGCUCCCCCUCCUAGGGAUAUGAGGAGAAGACCUCACCUUGAUCCACAGCUUGCAAGACCAUGUUCAUACUCAUUUGAGACAAUACGAGUACCUGGAGAAAACUGCCAACCAUCCCUCCGUGAUCCUAAAACCCUUCCUGCACCCAUUAACCAACUUCCCAUCCCACCCCGAGUACCACAGAGAAACAGAUUAUCCCUCUCUGAUCAGUAUCUCUGGGACACUGGAACUCCUCCUCUCAGAGAAUCUAGUCAAAAAUCUGUUGCUCCUAAAAGAGGAGCAGUAUCCAUCCCAACCACCUCCUCCUCUCCUGCUUCUCCCCUGUUUAUUGAUCCUGAACCACGGAGCAGGAAGCCUAUCCUUCUGUACUCGUCUACUCCUGUGGUGAAUAUUGAUGACAGUGUAUCUGAUUAUCUCUCCGCUACUGAAUUCUGGGCACCUCAUCAGCAAAGGUUGAGUUCGCCCCCCGACUCGUUGACGGAUAAUAUGUCGGAACGAAAUGUAAAAACUCCAAAUAGAGACAGUGCCAUAGUAUCAAAUAUAUCAACUCCCAUCCCAAACUGUGAUAGUCAAUCGGUCAGUUCAUUUGAGAAGUCUGGAAAGUCUAGUCCAACCUCGGUAAGUUCAAAAGACUCAGGUUGCUCUGAACCUAAAACUAGCAGAAGCCUAUUAUUAACCCCGCUACCUCUGGUUCCAGAAACCCUAGUUUCACCUUUAUCUGGUUCUAAUGAAGAAUCUCUUCCCGGUUUCAGUACCAGGAAACGAAGAUCUCAUUUCCGCGAAGCAAUUUCAGAACUUGAAUCUGUUUGUAAGAAGAUAGAUGCGGACGAGGAUUUAUUGGACCGGGCGGAGAGACGAGAUCUACCAACCCUUCAUCAGGAGCUCAUCUGGAGAGGACGAAUGGAGACCGGAGAUACAACCUCACAUGAUUCAUCUGUAGAGCUUGGGUUCUCAGAUAUAGACAAUAUUAUGAACUGGAACACUUCCAGUUCAUUUGAACAACUCAACUCCACACCUUCAAGACCCAGGACACCAGGGAAUCGAAGAGCCGGUGUCUCUGACAAAACUCUGGAUGAUAUGGCAUUCAGGAUGAAAGCAAGUGCCAACAAGAUUCCGACAACUAUGGCAAAUAGUAUAGUAUUGUCAGAUCAGAGUUAUCUUCUCCUAUCCCCCUUGGAACAGAAGGAUAAACUGCCUGGAGCAGAAGAACCUGUGGAUGAAGAUGAACCUAACAUAAUUGUUGAUGAUGUCACCUUCAGAAACUCUAGAGAUGUUAACGCCGGAAAUAUUCGGGAUCCCCAACCAAAGUUUGGUAUCCCGGUGGGACCUAUCACAGGAGGGGCAAUAUCUGACUAUCUGCACGCUGUGCCACAGGAGAAAUACCGCAGUACAUUUCACCCUAUGAAAAAUCCUGACUUGGUUAAGGACGACCUGGCAUUCCGUCAACUCCGGAAGGAUGAUAAUCCAUCUGAUCCGGAUCAUUUGGGCAUUGUAAAAGAUCCGCAUGGUAUAAUUCUACCACGACGGGUCUGGCCAUUCAAGCAAGAAUCAAAAUCUUCCCAUCCCGACUUUUAUCCAAAUCCCAAUAGACAUACCAAAGUGAUGCGAUCUUUAUCUGAAGGCAUGACAGAGAUAAUACGGAAGCAGAGUAGUAAACCUUCUGCUGAGAUGAAUAAUCUCUUUUCAUAUCAAGAUAUAGAUGAUAUUGAAUCCUACAACUGCAUGAGAUACAGUCUUGAGAAGAUGAAUAAAGAGAAAGAAGAAGCAGAGGCGGAAAAGAAGAAGAAGAAUAAGAAGGAGAAUAGAAGAUCCGCCUCUGUUGGGCGAACAGUCUUUGAAAUCCUCAGAUAUGGAUUAGGUUCUGAAUCUGAAUCUGAAUCUGAAUCUGAAAAGGCAGAGAUUGAGAUUGACAAAAAAGUUGAAAUAGAUGAAGGAGUAAUUAUGAAUGAAGAAGUGGAGAAUGAAAGCGUAAAUAUGAAAAAUGAGGAUGAGAGCUUUUACUCACAACAAGUGAAAUCUCAUCUGGGGAACCAAACUUUCCUCCAAGAUAAGAUAAGAGAAAUAUCCCAGUAUUUAGAAAGACCUGGAGAAGAAAAUAAACCCCUAGUCUGUGCAGAAGAAGGAGAAAUGUUUGACGGAGUGAUGAGUUUAGUUUCCUUGCCCCAGGACUCUAAUUCAGUCAAUCCUAGUUUUACAACGUCAAGCAAACCUACGGACCAAUCAAAUACCAACCUUGAAACUGAAGAGGAAUCUACUGUUCAAAUCUCUGAUGCAGUUGAAAACAAGGCUUGCACACAGGAGCCCGGUGAACCACAGCCUGUAAUAUAUGCAGACCCAGGACACAACCUUGAGGAACCCCGCAAAGGCCAUUUUUCCCCUGGGGAAGAUAAAAAAGAUGGCAAUAAUAAUGGUUCUUGUCUAAUAGUUCAAACUGUUCUCAUUCCCGAGACGAGAUCAAACGGAGAACUCUUGCUAGCACCGGAAGGAGAGGGUUGGGCGGAAAAACUCUCUUGGGAGAGGUCAGAGACCGAGGGACGGGCGGAGAAGGGGCGGAAGGAGAGUCUAGUCCACCGAGCAGCGGAGGCUCUAGGACUAGAUGAGAAGGCCGUGGCAGAGUUUGAGGAAGACGCCCCUGAAAACCCUCUCUAAUCCUACCCUAACUACUAACGGAAUCUUUGUAUUGAAAACCCUACCUGGAAAACCCAACCUAACCCAACCAAUUUAUCCUAUACUAAAAUCAAGAGAAGAGAAAGAGUUGUGGAAUUUUUUUUACUGGAUUGACUAACUUUUAGAAAAUAUAAUUCUAUCAAUUAGUUUAUUAAUAGCAAACAGCAAAAAAGUUAUUGUCAAUCUGCAGUGAUAACCAGAAAACUCUGGAAUAGGAAGUCGACUUUUAAACUCAAGUUAUGACGUUUUAUAGCGCAUUGAACAUGAGACACAGCAAUUGUGCAACGUAAAAAGACCCAUUUUACUUAAUAAGAAUUUGAGAACUUUCAUAUAAAACUAGUUGCUUCAAACAACUUUAAAUGCACUUCAGAAAUGCUAUAAUGUCGUCUGCCUAUUCCACAGUUUUCUGGUUAUGACUGUAGUUUUACAGUGGGAUCUAUAAAAAUGGAAUAGGAAGACGACUGUUAGACUCAAGUUAUUAUCUCGUUUACCAAAAUAAAGAAAAAACAGCAAUUUUGACAAGUCAAUUUUUAAGCUAUUGUCAUAAACUGGUAUUGAUUCCAUCAUGCAUGUAUUAAAUCAAUGUGUAUUUGAUGUUGUUAAGAGCUUCAUAUAAUUAUUUAAUUAAAAAACUAGAUAUCUGCCAUUAUUCCAUUAUCAGAAAGUUAAGAAGGCGACAUUUUUUUAAUUCUUCCGAUGUCUCUUUAGUCUUUAUAUUUUAACCUGUAUUUAAAACCAUAACUUUGAGUCUUACAUUCGUCUCUUUCUAUUCACAGUUUUAAGGGUCUCACUGAGUCACUGUUACUGACUCUUUCUCCUCUUAUUCAAACUCUCAGUGUGCUAAACCUAUACAUCCAGCUUUCAAUAAUUUUGUUGAAUCUAAAAAUAUAUAUCUUAUCAUAUAUCUGUUAAAUAUAAAA